GGAAGAGUAAGGGGGCGUGGGGGGGAUCCGCGUGUAUUUAUAUAUAAGGCGACGCGCAGCUGUCAGGUGUCGGGGGGGCACCAGCGCUCUGUUUUCAGGAUUAUUAAGAGAAACUACGCAUCCACUCAAUAGUGACAUGGCUCACGCUUGGGGUUACGCCGCCAAUAACGGUCCGGACAAGUGGGCCGCCAGUUUCCCCAUCGCCGACGGUCCGCGCCAGUCGCCCAUCGACAUCAAUCCCGGCCUGGCGUCGUACGACGGCGCGCUCAAGCCGCUCAACCUCAAGUACGACCCGGCCACCUGCCUGGACAUCCUCAACAACGGACACUCCUUCCAGGUGACCUUCCUCGAUGACACGGACAGCUCUGUUCUGACCGGCGGUCCCAUCUCGGGGACGUAUCGGCUCAAGCAGUUCCACUUCCACUGGGGGGCUUCCGACGACAGGGGCUCGGAGCACACGGUGGCCGGGAACAAGUAUCCCGCAGAGCUCCAUCUGGUGCACUGGAACACCAAAUACGCCAACUUCGGCGAGGCGGCGGGCAAACCUGACGGACUUGCCGUGGUGGGAGUUUUCUUGCAGAUUGGUAAUGAAAAUGCCAGUCUCCAGAAGGUUCUGGAUGCCUUUGGUGCUAUCAAGAACAAAGGUAAGCAGACGACGUUCAAGGGCUUCGACCCGAGCAGCUUGCUACCCGCCUGCCUGGACUACUGGACGUACGACGGCUCCUUGACCACGCCCCCUCUGCUGGAGAGCGUCACCUGGAUCGUGUGCAAGGAUCCCAUCAGCGUCAGCUCGACUCAGAUGGGCAAAUUCCGCAGUCUGCUGUUCUCAGCCGAGGGUGAGCCCGAGUGCUGCAUGGUGGACAACUACCGCCCCCCGCAGCCACUCAAAGGCCGCCAAGUGCGCGCGUGCUUCAAGUGAACGCCGGCCGCUAGCUUCCCGUCAGCUGUCAAGUAUAACUGCGCCAUCGGAAUUGGAAGUCGGAAACGGGGCUAGCUCAGCCUUCCGUUCUUUACGUCAUGUCAAUUGAUUUUUUUUGACGCGAAAAAAAAAUCUGUUGGAGAUUCAAACUCCAUUUUGAAAAGAGAGAUUGAAUUUUUGACAGAUUUUUUUUGUCCCGUCCAUGUUGAAGUGUUUGACACUGAAUGAACGAGAGAAAAAAAACAUCACUGUUCCACAUUCAAAUCCAAGCUCUGAUGGCACAGAUAUACUUCCAACCCCGAUUCCCUUCCCCCGAUCCCGCCACGGUUGCCCUUUCUCAUACCUCCUUUUAGCCGCGGAAUGGCAGUGCGCUCCAAAGCUCGUCACGUGUCUCCCGUCCUUCCAAUAUUCCUUCAUGGAAUUAUUCCUGCCCCGUGGAGCAGUUGGCAGGCGUCACUUUUGUCAACGUGCACCGAACCGGCCAGCGAAAGAAGCCAUCUGCCAUCAUUUGUGCCAUUUAACGCUGCAAAUCCACCCCUAUCUGGCUUCUGGAUGAACCGCCGUGACGACUGCGCCAGAACACCAGGCCGGCUAAACACGAGCCACGAACCCUUUUGAUGUGCCGUCCUCCUCGUGUGUGUUUUUAAAAUGUAUGCAAACCAAGUACUACUCUGUGUAUCCUCCUCUGGAAAAAAAUGGAAUGAAAUGUUCUGUGUCAAAAGAGAAUGUGCAAUUGAGAUGAUUUUAAAAAAAUGCCAAGACGACGACAAGAAGCUGCCAUGAGAUGAGACGUUCACGCCGACACAGUUGCACUGAAAUCAUUCAAAUGAACUAUUUUCGAAGCUCAUCUUUGUCUCUGUAUUUCUGCACCAAUGUACUCAAGACAGAUUGUAAUUCAUUUUUUAAAAAGGACAAAUUAGAUGCCUUAUUGUUAUUUUAAAAUCAUGCCAGUGGUUGUCGAUCCCCGUCCAGAAGUUGGAUGUCUUCUUGUUAUUCCAAAUAUAGAAAGUGGACCUCUGACCAGUUGAAUAAAUCUAUUCGAAAAA